AUGGCCAAAUCCCCAAUUUGGGAGCAUUGCUGGAUUUGCCCAAAAGAGUCAUUUUACCAACUCCUGCUCCAUCAUACGAAGAACAUGAGUUUUGCGCUCACAUUUCACAAGCAGCUUGAGACUAAGAUAUCCAAAAUCAAACUAGAAGAUCAAGAACAAGAAAUGAGAAACCAAGGUCAUGUAUGGAACAUAAUCUGUGGUAGUGUUGAUUCAUCAGUACUUAAGUGUACAAUUGAAUUAGGCCUUCUUGAUACAAUUCAUAAUUCAUCCAAACCCAUGACACUAUCCUCCCUAUCAGCCUCACCAUCUUUAUCUACACUCAAAAUCGAAAACUUAUAUAGAUUAUUGAGAUACUUAUCUCAUAUGAAUCUCAUUACCGUCAAUUCAGUUGAAGGGAGUGAUACAUUUUCAUUAACAAAUAUAUCUAAAUUACUACUUAAUAAUCAAGAAAGAAGUUUAAAGGAUUGGGCGCUUGGUAUCGACGACGAACUUUCGAUUAACGGGUGGCAUGAAUUAAGUGAUUAUUGUUUAUCCGCCGAUGAUGCACCGACUCCUUUUGUGAAGUUCCACGGGAAAACUUUAUGGGAAUUAGCUGCAGAAGUUCCCGAAGUUAAUGAGCUUAUUAAUAAUGGAAUGGCUAGUGAUAGUAGGAUGGUAAUGCCUGCAUUUGGUCAAAGUUGUGGUAGUAUCUUGAAUGAUGUUAAGAAAAUAGUUGAUAUUGGUGGUGGUACAGGUGCUGCAAUGAGUUAUGUUGCUAAGGCUUUUCCAGCUAUAAAAUGUAUGGUUUUUGAUUUGCCUCAUGUUGCUGAUGCUGCACCGCAGAUUCCAGGUGUUCAAAUGGUUGGUGGUAAUAUGUUUGAAUUCAUCCCUCCUGCUGAUGCUCUUUUAUUGAAGUUCAUGCUCCAUGGUUGGAAAGAUGUUGAAUGCAUAAAACUACUGAAGAGAUGUAAGGAAAUAAUUCCUGCACAUCAUGGGAAAGUGAUCAUAAUAGAAAUGGUUUUGGAUCAUGACGAAGAUGAUGAUGAUUUGACACAAGCUAGAUUGAGUUUUGAUUUAGAUAUGAUGUUGAGCUCAGGAGGGAAAGAAAGGACAAAAGAUGAAUGGAGAAUUUUACUUGAAGAGGCUGGUUUCAAUAAGAUUGAAUUUAUUCCUAUUUUUGCUAUUCAAUCAGUUAUUGUUGCAUAUCCUUAGGCAAACAUUGGCAAGCUAAUUUCACUUAAGCUUUUGCACUUUCUUACU